AUGGAUCCAGCGGGGCUCGCGGUUGGUAUCACAUCCUUGGCAUUCGAUCUAUUCGAUAAUUCCGUGAAACUCUUCAAGUUCUUUUCUGCUAUAGUUGACAUGCCUAAGGAAUAUGAACAAUAUCGCUUACAGCUAAUGAUUGAAUACAACCGCCUGCUGGCCUGGGGCGACGCGAUUGGUUUGAUCGAUGUACCCCAAGCUUCGCACGUGGCCACUAAUCUGGGGACGAAUGCAAUAGAGCUCUGCGGUAUUAUCUCACGUAUAGGGUGGCUUCUCGGAGAAUUUCGGGAUAUGAAUGCCCGUUGGGAAAGUGAGUUGACACAGACUCAAGAAUACAGCCAAGUGGUUGGAGAUAAGGAUGAGUCGAGUAUGGAUAUAGUCAAGCAGGUUUCGAGCUUGGCCACUGCUUACGAGAAGAAUAAGAGUACACGUCAACAAGCAAAAGGAGUUACUCAUAUCAGGAAGUGGAUGUCACGGAAGGUCGAGAACGCAAAAGAAAUCGUCACAAAUCCUCUCCGCGUCCGUUGGGUGAUGAUGGAUAAAGCCGCUUUCAAAGGACUACUCGAAGAUCUACACUUUCUCACCAAUCGAAUGCAUGAGCUCACUGUUGACCAUCGGCAAAGCCGCAUACAGGAAAUAACAGCCAAGACUUAUCGCGAGAUGGUAGUAGCAAGAAACAGCAUCAACGAGUUGAAAACUUUGCUGGAGGCAGUUACUGAGUUACUGAAUAUCAAGAAGAGGAACACCGACUGGGAAGAACGCAAUGAUAACACCGAGAUGCUUCGAGAUAUCUUGCGCUUAAAAGAAAUCAACAGUAUUUCCAACCAGCUUGUUACCAGGGCCCACAGUGGAGGAUACUUGGAUAUCGAGCGGGAGAUUAAAGACCUGAUUGAUGAUAUGAAAGAGGCUACAGUACCGUUGAGGCCGCGAGGGGUUCUGCAACAAAAUGGAACAGCCGUGCAGAUUUGGAUAGAGUGGAAGAUGUUUGACAACCAAGAUGAGACAAUUCGCCUGGAAUCUAAGUUAAGAACCAUGACUCUUGCACAGAUGCUGCAUAUGGACAAGCCGCGCCACCUCUACUCACCACUCUGUGUUGGAUACGUUGACGAAAGUGAGACUAACCAUCGCAUUGGUUGGAUAUUCAAGAUGGCCCACGGGACCAGUGCAAACACGACACUACGGUCCCUUCACAGUAUGUUGGGCCAGUGCCAAUACAAACCGGUCCUUACUCAGCGAAUCUCCCUUGCCUGGAAACUCGCGUCUUCACUCUCGUACAUGCACACAACAAACUGGUUACACAAGAGUAUCCAUAGUGGUAACGUCAGCUUCUCCUUUGAAGAAGAGCAGUUCGAUGCUGAAUCUCCUAUCUUGUCGGGAUUUGAAUAUUCGCGCCCACAAAGCAACAAAACAACAACACGCAGCCUCGAACCUAAGUGGGACAUCUACCGCUGGCCGCAAAUCCAGAAUGAGGUGCCAAAAACCACGAACUCUCGAAAGACAUAUGAUAUAUAUAGCCUAGGUCUCGUCCUGCUCGAAAUUGCUCAUUGGAAGCCCUUAAACGAGAUGAUGUGCUUGAAGAAAUGGCCCAUCCCCUCCGCUCAAGACGUCAAAGUACGUGGCUGGCUCUUAGGAGAGGAUUCUCGGCCACCGUUCAAGAAAUCGAAUCCUCUACUGGAGCUACGAGAUAUAGUUGGGGACAAGUAUUGGAAUGCGACACGCCGCUGUCUGGUAGCUCAUGGAGAAUUGGGCUUGGGAGUGGAGGAAAACUUUGACAAGUCUAAGGGCUUAGAGUAUGACCUCCAGCUUCAGAACACUUUCACUGAUCUAGUAGUUGAGGAACUUAAGAGUAUUAUGAUCUGA